UGGGAUGGAGGAGGAGUCAGAAAGGACACUGAUGACUGUUAAACUGUCUUAUAGGGAGACUGAAAUGGUCUGUGGGGGGUGGAGUGAGUGAGAUACACAUCACAGGUUUGACAGGAAGAGACAGCACAGUGUGGUCUGAGCACAGCUGAGCUGAAAAUCAUGAGGCCUCCAAGCUCUGAAAGAAAGUUUUAAAGGAAGCAGAGAAAACUGACCUGUUGUUAAGGACAAAUGAAACUAGCUGCUGUAUUUAGGCUUUUAUGGAAAAUACUGAAGGAAAGAAAUAACAAGAAAUAACACCCAGCAACCACGAUUAACCAGAACCCUGUGGUGACUCAGCAGAGCUGAGUCUCUGUGGACUCUCAUGCUUCUCAAUAACAGUCUAAAGAAAACUUGGAUGGUACAAAGAUACGACUGGUUUUUAGAUCUGUUGGUUUAUGAGCAAUGAUGCACCACAGGGGAUUCUAACACAGUAAAAUUAGAGCUGGGUACAAACAAAGGGCUCAAAAGAAAAACUAAAAAAUCUCUGUAAAACAGUAAAAGCAAGAAACUGGUCUUUAAAGCAGGAAAGAUUCAGGACAUUUGAAGUUCAUAAAAAAACACUGGCAAAGGUAUCCAAAGAUUCAUGAGGCUGAAUCAGAGAGAACGACAAGGAAAACAGGGUCUAAACACAGAAAAGGACUGAAAGAGGAAAAUGGCUGGAACAUUGGACACAAGAGACUAAGACAAUCUGACAACAGACUAGAGAGAAAACAGCUUAAAUACAAGAGGAGGAGGGGAGACAAUUGGACACAGGUGCAACACAUUAAGGCAGGACAGGUAAUCAAAGAGGCGGAAAAACAGGAGGUCAGGAAGUGAUUCUGUGUUAAUCACAGUGAUCUUAUCUGUAUAAAGGUAAAUAUAGUAUUAUCUCUCACGUAUUUAGUUUUGAUUCUCACAUGCAUCUUUGUUUUGCUCUCAGUCUUCGUCUUUUUUAAUGUUUGUUUUUGAUCUUAGAAAAAGAAGAAGGAAAUGAAAACACACAAUGUUUGAUGGAGGAGGAGUCAGAGAAAGACACUGAUGACACAUUUCCUUAUAUUGAGUCUUUGCAAGAAUGAAGGAGUGAGUGAGUGAGUGAAGUACACAUCACUUAUUGGAGCAAAAAGCACAGUGUGACCUGAGGACAGCUGAGGUGAAAAUCAUCAGACAUCUACAGUCAAACUUAUUUACAUAAUUGCAGAGCCAGAUGACAGCGUCUUCCUCAUUAAUCUGAGAUACCUACGGUAUAAAUACAUAGAGAAAUGGUGACAGUUUAUGUUCAACCUCAAAUAUAAAAAGAUAAUAUAAGGAAAGUGUUGAGUUCACUGACAGUGACGUAACACAAUGAACAAAAACAGGCAAAGUAGAACCAGCUUCAAAUUAUUAGUGAUUGAAAACAGUGCUGCUGUUACAGAGGACAAACUCAUAGGAACAGAGUGUAGCAUGACUCUGUUUGUACUGUGGAAAUGUGUACUCUUCUAAAACUAUCAACAUGAUGGGAGUUUGAGAAUGCAUCACAAAAAACAGCAUCAACAGCAAAUGAGAGAAAGUAAAGUCUGAUUAAUGAACAGAACAAAUCAAAUAAGAAAAACUAGGGAAAUUAGGAAUGAAGACCUGAUUCUCUCUACAGUUGGUGGUUUAGAGUUCAUGUUACCGUGCCUCUUAUUGUUAUUGGGGUUGAUACCAUACAUUAAAAUGACGGCCAAAUUUAUUUUAAUCUCCAUUCAGUGAAGACUUUGGUUCACAAUGUGUUGAGGACAAAGACUGACAGCAUGGGAGCUCAGAGCCAAAUGUGAGCCCAGAAAAAGACGUGAUUCUCAGUUGUCUGAUCUCAGCAACACGUCUGAGACACAGUUUUCAAGACAAAUACCUUGACCUCAACUUGCACUGCAUCAUGUGAAUGCAACUGUUGUAUCGCGUUGUCGCUGCUUGAUGGUAUCUUUGUGCUGCCACUAAAAUAGAGCACUAUGUGUGAGGGGUAUGGGAGGUUAUUGUGUGGCCCGUGCUCCACAAGAUAAGUAUAGAAAAAACCACCUCCCUCUUUAAUGAAACCUCCUUCCUGAGGCUCAGUGAUUUGAAGUUCCAUUGCAGUAAGAUGAUCAUAUGCACAAAGAUGAGCUUUACUAUAAUAACAGCUUUACUUCUCUCCAGCCUCAGUAAGUAAUGGCACUGAAUUACUCUCACACUGUGCUCCAUGGAGAACUUCUGUCUCACUGAAUUAUUUCCUGAUUAUUUCUUAACUUUUGCUCCGUGAGCAUAAAAGUUUGUGUCAGCACGUAUUUUCUUGGAGGCGUUUCUGUGAUGAGUUAGAGGAACAGAAAGAAGAAGAGCACACCUCCUCUUUAUGUUGAAGACGUACCCUUCCUGGACUCACUUCAGUUACGGACAUUGCAGAACUUCAGUCGUGCACACGAUGAUCAACUUUACCUUGAUAACAGCUUUCAUUCUCUGCAGCCUCAACUGGAUCUGUGUCUCAGUGUCUGAGACUCAGACUGUGGAGGUCCAGCCUGGUCAAGAAGCCAAACUGCUGACCAAUAUUUCCAAAGAAGAAACUGUGACAUUCUGGUCCAGACUGAUCAACAGAACCAGAGUCAACUGUAUCUCUGUUAUGUUCAAGUCUGACAGCAAAGCUGAAUUCUGUGAUGGAUAUGACAAUGGGAAAUUUGAAAUGAGAAUUGCUGGUUCGUCUGUCUUUCUCCGAAUCAAACAAGUGGAUUUCUCUGACUCUGGACUUUAUUUCUGUGGAUUUUACCACAGUGGACGUCCAAAUUUCACAGUGAUUGAUUUAAAGGUAACAGGCAGCAAUGAGUCACAUGAUGACAUGGAAAGAAAAUAUAAAGAAGAGUGUGAUGGAACAGCAAAGCUGAUGAGUAUGAUCCUGGCUGGUCUGAGUGUUUUCCUUGUUUUCCUUGUAAUGGUCAUCAUUGGUCUGGUUGUUCAAAACAGGAAACUUCAGACAGCUGAUAAAGAAGAACAGAAGCCAGAGCAAAGUGAGAAUCAUGGCUCUGAUGAGAUGAACUACGCAGCAGUGACUUUUCGAGCAAAAGCAAAAAGAAGAGAGCUGGAGCCAAAUGUUGUUUAUGCUGCCACCAGAUAGACUCAGGAGGAAACUGGAACUGAUGCUGUAUCACAUUCAUAUGCUCUGGGUCUUUGUCUGGCUUGUUGCUCAGAGGAAGAAACACUCUGGUCAAAAAAUGGCAUUUUUGCAAUAAAGAUGUGAUGUUGAUCCUUUU